AUGUCAAGAAAUCUACAACACACCAGCGCAAUGAUCACAAAAAUCAUCCCCCUAGCUCUCUUUACUGCUCAAGCAGUUAUUGGGGCAGUUAUUCGUCACCACGAUGAACCUAGAGCGUCAAACGCUGAUGGUCUUGCUGUAGUAGCUAUCACAGCGACCCUAGCAGUUCCCCCAGGCCCAACCCUGUCUUGGGCGGUCGAUCCGAAUCUAGUUAUUGUCACAGAGACGGAUUACACUACCGGUCAACCGUCUAGGGUGCCCCCGACACCUACGUUGGGAGAACUCCUAUCAUAUGUUACCAUUGGUGCACCAUACCAAAACACCACUCUAGUCGCUAUAUCUGCAGGGCCUGUUAGCGCCCCCCCGAUUCCUAGCUUCACUGGUGCUUCUGCUAUAAUAGGUGCAUCAACUAUGCCUUACGGAGAUUCCUCCAUAAAAACUAUUCCUUCCUCCGCACCCUUUCGGCCAACUUCAGAGGAUAAUUACUCCGCCGCACUAGUUGCUUUCCCAAGCAGUGCACCUGCAGAAUCGAGUCAAGUACCAGCAGCUUCUGGAGCACCGAGCUCUGGGUUGUCUCAAGUACCUUUUCCUUCCUUCCAAGCACUAGUGACUUCUUCACAUGUUCUAGCUCCUUCCCAGCUUCCACCGAUCUCUCUAGAGCCCUCAUCCACCGCUGUAGUUGUCAUUCCAGUGUCAAAAUCUCCCACAACCGUGCUCGUUGUCCCCGUCACCCCAACCGCGACUCCGCAGCGACACAAGCGAUCUAACAACAUUGGGUUCAUCGAAGGUGAGCUUAUUGACACAAAGUCAAGGGUCUCGAACGGUGUGCCCGCCCAAGUAUCCACCGUUUCUGCCUCACAUCCCUCUACACUGAUGGGGGCUAACCCUCCUCACGUAGCGCUACAACUUAACACUGCAACGAAAGUCCUAGUGCCAGCGAAAUCUGGAGACCAAGUUGCGGACAAGACAACUAGCCAAAGCGUUGGCACGAUUCAGGUUCCUAGGAAGUCAUUGUCCGCCACCCACUCCAACACGAUGUUCAAGCCCAAGGAAUUGUCAAACCCAAACCCAACUCCAACCCCUAGAUCUUCUCACAUCCGAGCUCCAUCUUUCAAAGCCUCUUCAGCACUGCUAGUUGGUUCAACCGUUGUCAUCGGUGAAGGGGCGCAUUGCCCAUAUCCUUAUCCCGGCGAGCUCUGUGGAAAGGGCGCCGCGAAAACGACGUUUGUAACCGCAACGAAAACUAAGGCUCAGAAACCGACGUCACCGGCGACUAGGAAGGGAGAAAAGCUUGAAAGUACUGGGUGGUGCCCUUAUCCCGGACAGAAGUGCUAA